GUUAUAAUAUAUUGAUUUAGAAGAACUUGGGAUAUAUAUAGAAGUAAUAUCCUGCUUGUGUAGGCAGCCUAAUCGCGAAGAGUUGAGAUGCGCUCGCGCCGCGUCGCUCUGCGGCAGCGGGCACGUGCAGUCGUCACGCACCACAGGCACCAAGAUAUUCACUUAGUUUGUCUCCAGACAUCGCGCCACGAGCACGCGUGGAGGACCGCCAUUUAGCGCGACCAGUGAUUAUGAUAAAUUAUCUAGUGAUGUUCGCGAUCCACGCAUAGUGUUGUUCAGUUCGAACUAUAGCUGUACCAAGGCGAUCGAUUCGGCCAGCGUAUGCAGUGCGGAUGUGCCAGCGGUGAGGGCUGAGGGCUGAAGGCAUGGCAGUCGCGGCCGGGACGGCUUGAUGGCAACCGCGGUGCGCGCGCUGUUGCUCUCGGCGGCGCUGGCGGCCCUGGCGGAGGCCGGCGCCGCCCGCUUCGGCGACCGACUAGCGCCGCGCGUCCCGGCGGCCUACGCGCCUCGCCAUGCGCCAUCGGCACGUCACUACGCCGACGACGACUACGAGGACUACGUUCAAGACUACGACAGCCAUCACCGAUCCGAAGAGGAAGAAGAGAAGCCGCCCGAGCCGGCGCCGCCACCGCGCCGGCCCGUGCGCACAGAAGCACAUCGUCUCGAAAUGAGCACCGAGUACUUCGUUAUUCCUGAACGCACCUCCUCAAAGCCGCCAGCGACGUCGUCACGUCCCGUUAUCAUUUCUAAAACAUCCAUUUCUAAAGUGCCCAGAAAUAAUACUAUACAGACGAUACCAAAAAUAGCUUCCGUAGGUCCAUUACGAUCAGAGGCUUGGGCUGUGCCGAUACUGGCGAUCGCGUGUGUUAGCAUGUUAACUCUUGGUGGAUUUGAAGUUUUUAUAGUUUGGGGUGCCAGCCGAAAGGCACCGAAUCAACGUCAUUUGCUGCUGGGUCAAACAUUACUGUGUGGACUGUUCUUCAGUGCCGCGACCGCGGCGCUCUACACUGCGACUCCGAACGCUUUCACGUGUGGUGCGGUUCGCUUCGGCACAGGUGUCGCUUACGUUAUCGUUUUUGCGUCGCUACUAGUUAAAUGCGUUUUCUUGUUAAGUUUAAAUGGCGGCGUAUACCUUCCUGCGGCGUAUCAAGGACUGCUUCUGUUUUUCGCUGUGAUGAUACAAGUCGCGAUAGGCGCGCAGUGGCUCGGCAGCUCUCCGCCUCGGGUCGCUGCCGGCGGUGCGCGCUGCGACUCCGCGCUCUCGGACCUCCUGUUAUCGUUAUGUUACUCCGCCUUUUUGAUCGCGGUGGUGUGCGGCGUCGCCUUACGAUCACGUGGCAUCCGCGAUAACUACCGGGAGGCGACGCACAUCGCUGGAGCCAGCGGUGCGACAGCUGCGGUGUGGGUGUGCUGGGUGGCGGCGGCGCUCGGCGCACCGGAGCCGCACCGUGACGUGUGCGUGGCCGCCGGUUUGCUCGCCACCUGCGUCGUCGUGUUCGCAUUGAUGUUCGCUCCCAAAGGACGAAGGUUGGCGGCGCUAGGCCGAGAGGGCCGGUGGGACGCAGACCGGGAGGAGGGACUUAGCUCGCUGGGCGCUGGUGGUUCCGGCUACUCGCCUUCCUUUUUCCACUUUAAGCCCGUGAAGUAUGGCAUGGUGUCGGCCGGGGCACCCGCGCCGUCGCAGCCUGGGAUGCUCGACCGCAAGGAGCCCCCAGCUCAGCAAGCCGAUCCAUACGGCGCCAUGUUCGCGAGCUCGCACCUGCACGCACGCCCCUUGUGCUCUCCGCCGCACUACCCCCCGCACCCUCUUAUGCACUACCAAUAUAAUUAUCCACCUUAUAAUUAUCUACUUCCACCAGGCGUGAUGAUGCGACCGGAGGAGGGCAACGUGUACACGAGCGUCGAGCCCACCUUCAGCAGCAACCCCAACGUCUUCUUCCAGCGCUCGGAGCCGCUGCACGUCGGCAUGAUGUACUGAGCCACUGACAAACCAACGUUCCACAAGAGAACACUGAGAUUUGACAGCCCGACUGCUAACCCAGUCGAAAAAACCCCUCCAUGCCAAAAUCAUUUCUAAUCUCAAUGUUAACCGUUAAGAAGUAUGCCACUGGCAUCGAUCAUAACAACAAAAGCAUUCUUUAUAAAUUCUUGAUUGUCUACGAUUGUAUAUGUUAAUAGCACGAGGAAGCCAACCAAGAUUAUUAUCAAAGAAAUGUUGGCAAAGUACCAAGCGAACGUAUUUGCAGUGAAAAUGUGUUACAAGGAACAUUGCCUUGCUGUGGAUUGUAAAUAGAGUUGUAUUUAAGCAAUAGCAAGUCAAGAAAACUUUAAAAAUGA